UAAACCCAAGGCCAAGAAAUGGGGAUGGGUUGAGGGCAAGAGAGGACACAAUCUCUCAUUCAGAAAUGGGAAGCAUAUGAAAACCUUUCAAGUAUAAGACACCCCUUUUCUGCAGGCUGGGAAUUGAUGGCCACACUCUCCUCCUGCUCUUAUCUUCUCUUUUGAAGCUCAUAGAAACACUCCACAUCAAAACAAAAACCUCUCUGUUUAUUUUUAAUUAUUAUUAUUACUACUACUACUGCUGCUGCUGCGGCUGCUACAUGGGAACAAGAUAUUAUCUUGGGUGAUGACGGUGGUGGAUCUGCUAUGUGGCCGGUGAUGUAGGAUGAUCAACAUACUUCUGUAGGAACUUGGAAUUAGGUAGAGAAAGUGGAGACAGAAAUGGAAUUCGAGGAACACGAAGAACAGGAGGAAGAUAUGGGGAUGGCUGUACAGGCCAGCUAUGAAUCGGUUGGAAACACGGCCAGGCCCAAAAUGGGUAGCGGUGGAGGGGAAGGUGCAUCCACCGUCAGAAAAGUCGGGAACAGCAGGUAUAGGGAGUGCUUGAAGAAUCACGCCGUUGGCAUCGGCGGCCACGCUGUAGAUGGCUGCGGCGAGUUCAUGCCUGCCGGAGACGAAGGAACCCUUGAUGGGCUACGGUGCGCCGCGUGCAAUUGUCAUCGCAACUUCCACCGCAAGGAGAGUGAGGGAGACACUUUAUACCACCAAUUCUCGCCUUAUUACCGAACUCCGGCGGGAUACCUCCACGUGGCGCCGUCGCAGUACCGGCCCUUGGCGUUGCCGUCGACGUCGGGAGGUGGAGGCCACAGUAGAGAGGACCAAGAGGACGUAUCGAACCCUAGCAGCUCCGGCGGUGGCGGUGGUGGUAGCGGAAGUUUGAAGAAGAGAUUUAGGACCAAGUUCACGCAGGAGCAGAAGGACAAGAUGCUGGCGUUUGCGGAGACGCUGGGGUGGAGGAUCCAGAAGCACGACGAAGCUGCUGUGCAGCAGUUCUGUCAAGAGACCAGUGUGAAACGCCAUGUUCUCAAGGUCUGGAUGCACAAUAACAAGCACACCCUUGGUAAGAAACCCUAAUUUCAUAUUCUCUCAUAGUUUUUCAUUCCACAUCUAUCACAUAUCAUCUUCAACCGCCGCUGCAUUUACACCAGCACUACCACCACAGCAGCCAAGAGAAAGGGAAUGGGAAAAUUCCAGUAUGAAAUUCGCUUGAAAUUUAUUAGUUAGGGUUUUUUUUUUUUUUUUUUUUAAUUUUUUUUUUUUGGGUUUUUAGUGUUUGAUUUUUACUUGUUUUCUCAGUGCUGAGUGUAGGAUGGGUAACAUUGAUCUGGCUUAAUCUUAGUACAUUAAUAUUGAUGAAGAGCCAUUGCUCCAACAUUUAUCUUCUUCUAAGUUCUAACCCUAGUUUGUUUGCUUAA